AUGGCGUCGAACGCAGGAAGCAUCAGGUCCACUAGCCUGAUAGACUCCAUCUUACGGAGAGGUGGUACAAGUACAACUACCCAAGGCACGGGUAGCGGUGGAGACGAUGACGAUAUACCAGAGAGGUACCGCAGAGUGUUUGUUUGCAUUUCUUUGCUCUCAAUUAUAGGGGCCAUACUGGCUUUCAACGUGUUGUUAAGUUACGAUUCCAUGAGCCGGGACACAUCGGACGUUGACGAGGUACAGAUUUCGGAUAACAUGGGAGUGUACGGCACCUACUAUACCGGCGAGUAUGAAAUAUGCGAGGCCGCGCGGAAGUUCAAGACAGCAGACGGGCGCGUGGUAGAGCAUCCAGCGGAAUGUCGUAAAGGUGUGAUGCACGCUUCUGUUAUAUUCCGAAGCAUGAUUUUUGACUCUUUCACGAAGAUGUUUGUGUUGCUCUGCUUGGAGCUACCCGAAGGCAGUCGCUUUAGCAUGGGGAAUUCUUCUCGGUAUGGUGCUAACAGUUUCAAAAAUGAGCGCCGCGUCUACAUGGGAUUCUCCGGCUUGGAAUCAACGGGCAGGAUUGACUCGUUAUACAUGUCGGGGAUGUCGGCCGUGAUGGGCCCUUUUACGUCGCGAGCUCCGUUGAAAGAAUACUGGCCUGCGGAAGCUUUGAAGGUGGACUAUUGGAAUGAGUAUUUUGGCAAGGCUUCCGGUGCGGUAUGCUCGUUCAACACGUUUAUUCGCCAGCCCAUACCCCGCCUGAACCAGGUUUCUUUGCGCCGUUUGGAUGAGCUUUACAUUUUGAAUAUCCGCCGUUUCCUUCUGAAAGACUUAGAGCACAUAUCUAAAUACGACUCUUCGAGGUUCAACAUUUUUAACGCGUUGUACGGUGAGCCCACUCCACCAACCUCCAGUGUAGCGGAGGAAGUGUCAGAUUCGUCAUCCAUUCCAGUCUCAACUCACUCAUCAGGGGACGCCAGUAAAGUGGAAUCUGAUUCAAUGCUGUUUGACACGAUAAACGGAACGCUGAAGAGCACGGAUUGUGGUGUGACCAUAAAAUUUAACGGAAAGGAGCGCGACAUGUCUUACAUGGACAGUAUGGCGUAUAACUUUUCGACUGUCUUCUUAAUCAAAAUAAUGAUCGAGACCUACGUUUUGUUGAAGCAAGUGCGCAAGGUGGAUGAGGGUGCCCAGGGUCAGACGAUGAGCAUCAUUGCCUUCACCAUGUAUUCGUACCAGGAUUGGCUUGAGAUUUUCAUGCUGGUGUUCCACCGCGGCGUGUUUUGGAAGAAUGUGACGAGUUUUUGUUUCAUGUUCCUCAUGAAGCUGUUUUUGAUAGGCAUCGUAGACCACACCUUCCUGGUGUUGAUCUGGCGCGCCAACCAUGCAGAGCAGAUCCGUGAGGGUUGGGAGGCUACUCAGAAGCGGUUCUCGCUUUUUUAUCGUUACUAUUUCAGCUUCCUGUUCCUAAAAGCACUGCUGUGGUACUUUUACUACGUGGAGAGUCCGUGGGUCCUCAUUGUGACCUAUUUGUGUUGGGUGCCUCAGAUUCUGCUGGAUGCGUGGCGUGGACAUUGCACCUCUUUCAGCUUCUGGUCGAUCGUUGCGCUUUCGCUCUGCCGCAUGUACCUGCCGUAUUACCUGUUCAUGCUCAAGGACAGCGCAUUCACGUACGACGUGUUUGCGCUUGACUCCGCGCGCACGAACCGUACGGUCGGGGCGUACAUUAUGCUGGUGAUCUGCCUUCAGCUGAUCCUCAUGUCCCUCCAGCGUCUCAAUGGUGCUAGGUGCUUCGCCUCGUGGUCGAUUCUGCCGCAAAUAUACACGUAUGUGCGCCCGUGGUCGCAGCUUAUGCAGGACGACCCUCAGGAGUGCGUGAUUUGUAUGUACAGCAUCGUGCAUUCUAAACGAGAUUGGAGCAUCACGCCGUGCAACCACCUCUUCCACAGCCGCUGCCUGAAGGAGUGGGCGUCAAUAAAGCUCGAGUGCCCGAAUUGCAGGCAGACACUUCCGCCUAUAACGUAG